GCCUGUCAUCUGAUCAUGUGACUAAAAACAAUAAGCCCAUAUGUAGUUCAUGCAGGUCACAGUUUCUUUCUAAAUAUUAGCUUAACAUUGUAGGAUUCUUGUGGAACAUGACCAUCAGUCAUUUUUCAAUUGAAUACGAUGCCAUUAAUCAUCAGAACACCUUCACAAAUGGAGAUACCAUCAAAGGAAGAAUCAUUGUGGUGGCGUCAAAAGAAACUAAAAUCCAAUCACUGACUUUGAUUGCGAAAGGAAAAGGAGAAGCCCAUUCUUCUGAGGAAGACAGCACUUUCAGUGUUUAUGAGAAAUAUUACACCAUUAGACAGGAGAUCCUGGGACAAAAUGCAGACUUUCAUGAAGCCAGAGUGGGAUCAAUUGCUCAAGGAAGAAACGCAUUUCCUUUUUCAUUCAAGAUACCUGACAGAGAUAUGCCGUCAUCAAUCAAAUGCCGUUUAUGUAGAAUUGUUCAUAAGCUGAAGGCAGAGCUUAAGCAGUCUAAGAAGUUGCCGAAAAAAGCUGACACAUACUUCACAUUUGUCUCCAAACCAGCUGUGGCUAUACCUGGCCUUAUGACACCUCAACAUGGUUGCAAGCAAACGAGUGUUAACUUUGGCUCGGGAACAGUUUCCAUGGAUGUCCACACAGACAAAAUGGGAUACAAGCAAGGAGAGACUCUCCAUAUCCGAGUUGAAAUUCACAACCAGUCAACUCGUUUAGUGACACCAACAGUGAUGUUCUUUUUGAAGGAGACGUCCUUUGGAAAUGGUUACCAAAGUGUAGUUGAAAAAAAGCUCCUUCAAAUGGAGGCCCAGCCUGUGGCUUCUGGUAGCACGGAGUCUGUCAUCAAGAGGAUCCCCAUCCCCAGAAGACUACCACCCUCCAUGCUGAACUGCUGCAUGUUCACGUUGGAGUACAAGCUCAAGGUCUUUCUGGAUAUCAAAUACAAAGUAGAUGAGGGGGUGACAAUUCCAAUAGUUGUCCUACCUGGCAUUCGAGAACAACCAACUCCUGCAGCAUUUGGAGGUGAAGCAUCAGGGAACCCCAACCACCCAACCUGGAGCAGUACUCCUGAAUCUUUGGAGCCCCCACCAUCCUAUGAUGCAUUGUACCCAUCCAAAUAAUGGUUCUGCAAUGUAAGUGGACUGUAAAGAAAAAAACACCAGUGGAAACUUUUGACCAUGUUUCCCUAUGAUGCUUUGUCUUGUGUGUCAUUAUUCCUUUAGAUUAUAGCUCUUGGUUUAUUCUCCUGGGUUUAACAUAACUACUUGUAAUAUUAUAGCUGGAGCAUACCUAAGCUGAGCACUUUCAUUGCAGCUACUGCCAUCUUGUGGAGUUCAUCAAAACUGCAUAAGGACGUUGCCUAUAGCCACAACUGUUGUAUUGACCUGGUGCAAAAAAAACGACUGGUAUUUUAUUUUUGUAGACCACACCCAGUGACUUUAGGAGACUUGGUGGGGAGUUGACUUGAGCAUUUAUGGUAUGCUUAAUAAGUUGUAUGUUCGAUUGUACUUUACCAUACUUCUGCCCUAAUUUGGGUCAAUGCACUUUACAAAAACAAAUAAGAUAAUGAUCAUGUGCUCGUAGCACACAAACAGAUUGUUAGAACCCCACAUCAUGUUUGUUAUUGCAGUAGCCAACUAUAGGUUGCAAACUUCAGACUGCUGUCUUUCUUCUCAGACAUUUUAUAAAUAAAUCGACAGGGUGAGCCAAAACAGAAGCACAAAAAAACCUGGUAUACAGUAAUCCUUCCUUUAUCACAGUCAGUUAGUUACAAACCUGACUGGAACAAGUGAAUUUCUUAGAAGUAGGCUUCCUUUUUUUUAUAAUUGCAAUAUUUUUGUAGUUAUGGCAUAGAAAACCUGUUUAUGUUCUCCUAAAUAGUUUUUUAAAAACAUUAUUAGAGACUUGAAACACCCACAUAGUCAAUUUUACAUACAUAUUAGCCAAUAUAAUAUAUAAUAAUCAGAGAAAAUGAGCCAUAAUUAAUAGACCUUUACUUGUAUAGUGCAUUUCUACCUUCAAGGUACUCAAGCGCUUUUACACCGUUACCACGUGUACUGAGUGAUAAUGCAACAUCAGUAGCAACUGGGCUUCAGUAUCUUGAUACUUCGAUACUACUUCGAAGUAUUGAACCCACAACCUUGAAGAUACCACUAUACCACUUGAGCCAGGGCGUCUCUCAUAAUAAAACUUGUGCUUGUCUGUGUUGGAAUAAAUGUGUUUCAGUGCGAGUAGGGUAGCAGAAUCGAUGGCGGACAGGAAGUGAUGUUGGGAGUUCAGAGUUAUUAUUUUUACUGUGAUGUUAUUAUUAUUGUGCCUGUUGUGAGAUAAUUGAAACCUGCAAUAAAAGCCUGCUGU